GGAUCGAAGCUUCAGUUUAAAAUAAUGACGUCAAGUUUAUAUGAUGACUUGGAUAUUUUAGACGGAACACCUCUCGAUAAUUUAACAUCAAGCGAGUCGUCUAAUAAGUCAGGAAAUGCUCCAUUGGUUGGUUUGCGUGUCACUGCUAACUGGUCGGAAUCUGAUGUAUCAUCUAAUCAAUUCAAUAUGAAUCCUUCUUCAGUCAAUUCAAAUUCCAGUUGGUGAGAUAAUUGACUAAGAAUAAUAUUGGUUUGCUAUUUUAUUCUUCAUCCCUUCUUUGCCUGUAUUUACAUCUACUUACAAUUUAAUUUCAUACUAAACAAUACUAAUGGGAAAAUUUAUACAUUGUAUUACCAUUAUACAAAUAUAUUCAUCCUAAAACAAUUAAUAUGUAGGUAUAUUGACAUGCAUAGUAUAGUUAAUAAUCACUAGAAUAUAGCGGUAGGUAACAUGAUUUACUUUUUCAGUAGUACAUUCAUAGUUAUCAUACUUUUUACUCAUCUGCAUUAUAAUUUUAUAUAUGUGUUUACUGCAAGAGAUUGUAAUGAUUGAUUAUCGUGGCUAAUGUAAACAAUGAAUGGUUUUUACUUUCUGUUUUUGGUCCCCAUUUUAUGUGUAUGUACGCGUAAAGUUGAAGUGUGUCAAAUAAAUGUAAAUAAAUUUUAUUUUGGUUAUUACUUUCAUCAUAAUUCCCCAUUUUUCUUUGUCUUGGAGAAAUCCUUCCAUAAUACUCCCAUCGGAUGUUGAAAAAAUAUCCCACUGAUAUAGCAGUAUUGUUAAUAAUAUCAUUCAGUCACAGAGUAGAACCUGGUACGUAUGCACAUCGGUUUGAUUUGGCAUGCCCCUUUAGCAAAGAAAGAUGAAACUGACUGGCCGAAUCCCAGAAUAGUAGUGAUGAGACUCCCAAGAUAAUUAAAGCGGUCUAUGCGUUCAAGCACUUCACUCCCUACCAUUAAUUCAAACGCUGACGCAAGCCAAUCCUGAAGUAGCAUUUUACAUUUGGGGGGAGAGAACCUCAUCCCAGACAUGCUUACAUUGUUGCUUAAGGCGGUCAAAAGACUGUAUUUUGUCAGUGUCUCCAUCAAACAGAACCAUAUCAUCCGCGUAUUCUAAGUAAACAAGUGGGUCUCCAGGUAGAUCAACCCCUGGAAAGUAACCAAUUUUGAUGACAGUUCGCGAUAAACUCUGACUCAAUGAAAAGUGUCCAAGUAGAGAGCCUGUACAAGGUUGGUGUACUUUGGUACUCCUCUCAAUUACUGACACUUCCAUAGAACCUUGCUAUCAAAGGAGUCGAACUCUUCCUCAAGGUCAAGGAACACAACUAUAGUCGGACGUCUAAAAGUAUAUCGAUUUUUCAGAACCUGCCGAAGGGUGAAUAUUUUGUUCAAACAUUCACGUCCAGUUAAAAACGAAGUAAAGGACAAUUAAUUGUUAACGUCAGUGUAUAGUGUUUUUGUGUACUGUUGGAAUGGUGCUGCGAACUGUUUACUGUCCUCGGAAUGUAAGAAAUCACUAGUUGAAGUCCAUAGUUAGAAUGAUGCCAAAUCUUGGAGAUAAUCUAUACUUAUUUACUUUUCUUUCCGGAACAUUCUAAUGAUUCUUAUCUGUGUGAUUUUGUUAUGGGCUAAAACUUGAACUGAUCACUUUUCUAAUCAUUUUCUUGCAAUCCUGUUUUCACUUCCCUGCCUCUUUGAUGUAAUUUGAAAGUUAUAAAACAGUCUGUCUAUUCUCUUUCUUUUUCUUUAAACUAUGUUGUAAUCUUGGGUUUUCUUCCUUUUCAUUGGUUUUCCUAAGCAUAUUAAGUCCGAGUUAGUAAACUUAAUCUAUACGUUUUUGUACAGUUCUUCAAUUUAAUUGGACUUUUGCUGAAAUACAUAUUCAUGAGUUAAUUUUGUCUGUAUUUAAUCAGUUUUAUUUAAUUUUCUAGUUUAAAAUUAAUGCAAUCCCACAUGGCUGUGAAACGUGCUCAGGGUCGACGCCCAGCCACAGAUUCUUCCAAUGCUCAGUGGAGUUCUCGCACAACACUAGCCCCAGUGGUCGAUUUGAAACAGCGUAUACCACACGUAGAUGGCUCUUACAGAUUUAAUCAAUUGACUGGACGAUUAGAGCGAUGUGUUUCGGGAAGCAGUGGAGCUAUGACGAAUGGUUUACUAUUUGGUGAACCAAAUCUACCUUUGGGUGUGAUGGAUGAAUAUAAUCCCAUGAUUCCUAACGAGUAUGAAGAAUUAGCUCGAAUCAAACGUGAACGUAGACGUGCUGAGGAAUCAGCGCUUGCAGACAGACACCAUCGACUGGAUCCAUUUGGUAUGAAUGAUCCUUCGGGGAUGUGUCGUCGUUAUGAGUAUUCAGAUGAAGAAGACGAUGAAGAUAAUGAAUAUACUGCAGCUUCCGGUAGGAAUUCUUCACAACCAACAAAGGGUGCUGCUAUUGCACCUCCAUCUGUUUUACUCGAAGAUGUAACUGUUACUUCUGGUUCAAAUGCAUCACAAAACUCUGAAUCGUUGGUUAAUGAUGAUGACCCUGGAGUUAGCACAGCUAGUAGUAAAUUUGGAAUUAAUGUUGUUGCAGCGAAAAUGAUGGCUCGAAUGGGAUAUCGUGAAGGACAAGGUCUAGGUAGAGAAAGUCAAGGAAUGUCUACUGCAUUAGUUGUUGAAAAAACUAGUCGACGUGGUGGCAAAAUAAUCCACGAAAAAGACCAACAACGUCAACAAAUCCACGCCAAUGCUUCUGCGACUACUACUAAUAAUCUACCUAGUUAUUUGAGUGCAAAUGUAGAAGAGACAUUCAACAAUCUACCACUCCCAGAGAAUCGAAGCUGUGUUAUUCUUUUACGUAAUAUGUGUGGACCAGGUGAAGUUGAUGAUGAUCUAGAACCUGAAACAGCUGAAGAAUGUGCUAAAUAUGGCAAGGUAGUAAUGUGUAUGAUUUAUGAGUUGCCUGAAGCUCCAGAUGAUGAAGUAGUUCGUAUUUUUGUGGAAUUCGAAUCUGAAGAAGCAGCAACAAAAGCGGUACUUGAUCUGAAUGGCCGAUUUUUUGCUGGACGUGUCGUAAAGGCUGGAUUUUAUGAUGCAGAGAAAUUCAGGAAUUUGGAACUUGCCGAUGCGCCACUGUCUACAUAAUUUUCCUUUUCAUUAUGCACAGUAUAUAUAAUUGUUACCUAACUAUACCUGUACACGUGUUCUGAUCGACUUCACAAAAAAUGGCACACAAUUCCUGGAUUGAAGAACUGAUGAAACGCGGGUUUCUUAAUACAGUAAAUUGGGUAAAAACAUAUUCCUCUUAAUUCUAAGUAGAAAUAACAUGAACACUUUUAUAUAGGGCUCAAAAGUCAGUCAUAUACUCACCUUGAGCAAAACUCAAGAUUUUGACAAACUGUUGAUAACAGUUACCUUCAAAUUGUAAUAAACUACAUUCUGACAAAGCUUUUAGUCAUGCAAAGUAUUGUUUGCAUAUUGUACUUGUUACCAGUCGGAAAAAUAUAACUUGCUGAGGAUGUAAAUUGUAGUUGAGAAUGAAUUCAAAGUUUUUUUUAAAAAUUAGUUCUACAUAAUUUUCUCUUAGCAUGUAUUCUUACUCAAGCUGUGAUCUACUUUAAUAUCCUGAGUGCAUUCGAAAACUUACGAAAUAUUAUGCUCAACGAGAGUCGAUUUGUGAUAUUUUC